UUCCUUGAGUUGUAACGCUGCUUUGUGACAGGGACACACCUUCCGGACCCUCACAAUGACAUUGGUCAUAGCUUUCCAAAGAAUCACAUGGAAAGUUUCGGGCCAAUUGCAUCGCAGUUUGUAUUGAGAAAGCCAUACUCCCUCCAGACUUUACUCCCCCUCCAAAAAAGUUCCAACAUUCAGAACAGUCACUUGUCGCUCGCACCUUUAGAUGUAUUUGUGUCUGUAGCUGCUUGGAGUGAGAGGCUAUCUCUCCACAUUGGACUUGCUCUGUGUUGCUCACUCCCAUCAUGUUCCCCAGUCUGAUCCCAACACCGUCAGUGUCCUGGGAAGAACCGGCCUCACUCCCUUUUCUGAACUCACCACAGCUGCCCGCGUUCCACAACUUGGGCAGAAGUUUCCUCAUUGACAAUUUGCUCCGGGUGAAUGGCCCGAGCGCUGGAAACCCUUUCCCAGUGAAAGUGCCCCAAACUGCGGAACAAAUCAGUCCCUCGGGAGGUCCCCGUUCAACAAGACCCUCCUUUCAGCAGCUCGUUAACCCCUCGCCUGCGCCAGCCACCUCCAGCACUCAAACUGCCUCCUACCCUGAAAUAGCUUUAUCCAAAUGUUUCCUGCCGACUUUCCCCCAGGUCUUCCUGGCUUGCUGUGGUGGGUCCUGUCAGCAGUCGAUCUCCCCCACUGCUUUUCCGAUUAGCAGCACUUUCAGGAGCUGUGACUUUCAGCUUUGGCCCCAGGUUAGUCACAGCAAAGUGCGAAGAGGAAUCCUACGGAGAGUGGUGUUUUCUGAGGAACAAAGGAAAGCAUUGGAGAAAACCUUUCAGAAACAGAAAUACAUCAGUAAAACAGACAGGAAGAAACUGGCCACCCACCUUGGGCUGAAAGAUUCACAGGUAAAAAUAUGGUUCCAGAAUCGCAGAAUGAAAUGGAGAAAUACUAAGGAGAGAGAGCUGCUUACACAAGGAUGUCUGUUUGAGCAAACGUUACAAGAGAAAUCAGUUUCAACUUCUGACAACGCCAUUCCAAACGUUCCUGACAGAAAAGCAGCACACGUAGGACAGGCUUCGAUGUGCAAAUAUGUCGCCAUUUCAACAACUUCUCAGGAUGGUCAGGCUGCUGAGAGCAGAGUGGCAGAUCUGAAAAGAGAGGUAGCUCUGCAUUCUGACUCUGUGCAGCACAAAAAGGACACUUGAACCUACUUCCCAAUGGUUCCCUAAUAAUAAACAAUCUCAGUGUUAAUAUCCUAUUUCAUGUGGUCUGUGUCUCUGGCUUUACUCAGUGCUUAUGAGGACUGCACUUAUUUGGACACAUUUUCAGCUGUUACAACACCAGUACAUGAAUUAUAAUGUGUCUUCAAUAAUGCUGACAAUGCAACUUAUCAGGUGCCUUUAAACAUUGAUUCAGGCAAAAUGUUUUUAGGAAAUGUGUUGACUGUAAAAUAUGAAUACAGUUUUUACAAAGGAAUGAUAUUCUUCAAAUUGAAUUUGGCAAAUGUAACAUGUUGUGCAUGGACUAUGUUUCUUGUAUAAAAACUCAACACAAAAUAAAGCAAACUUUAAUA